AGUUAGCGACAAUUACCACAGCUCCGCAGCAAAUAGCACGUUUCGUAUAACGCAUUUAGAGUUGGCUCGUCCAAUCGGGAGUCUGCAUUAUCGUCUAUAACAUUCUUAGUGCGGUAAUUAGCCUAUCAAAAUACCAGAAACGUCGGAUAAUUAUCGACUUGAGCUAAGAUGAAGUGAAGCUGAAGCUGAAAUAACACACACACACAUCAGGGCCGGCAACAGUCGGCAUCGCAUUACAGAAUGAUGCCUCUCGCACCCAUUCCAGUUCUACCUGUAUGCUCCAAACCGAAAUUGGGUUUUUCUAUUGAAUCUAUCGUUGGUAAAGAAUCGGGCGAAACUUCACCCGUACGGGAAUGUAAUAGAAAUGAAACUAAAUCACUGAGUCCACCACCCGCUCACGUUAGGUCGCCAACGCAUUGUAGGAAUGAACAACCUGUGAUUCCUGUACCGACUUUCCCUGUGGUUUCCAACACUCCCGCUGCAUACCUGGACAGUUUGUGUGGAGUCAGAUCGGGAAUUUAUGCCGAUACGCAGUAUGCCGGCCAAGUGGGACUUAAUUCUUGUCCACCCCAACUUCAACCUGUGUCACCGUUUCUGCUGGGCAGAGAAACUUAUCCCUUAUAUCCUUGGUUGUUGACGCGGCAUCCGAGAUUCUUACCUCAUAGAAUACCAGGUCCGGAUGGAUCGGGUUUUCUUCUACAUCCGUUCAGAAAGCCAAAAAGGAUCAGGACAGCAUUUUCACCCUCUCAAUUAUUGAAAUUAGAACAUGCAUUCGAGAAGAACCAUUACGUGGUUGGAGCUGAAAGGAAACAAUUGGCUCAAAGUCUAAGUUUAACCGAAACGCAAGUUAAAGUAUGGUUUCAAAAUCGCCGGACUAAACAUAAGAGACAGAAACAAGAAGAGGAACAAACCAGUCGACAGACAGAUCAGAAAUCAUCACAGAAUUCUUUAAAUUCUUCCGGAUCUAGUGACGAUCACCAGACAGCUACUUCACCAAAGAUACACACAAAAUGGAAAGCUGAUAAUCACGGCGAAGAUUCACCCUUAGAAAUCCAAACAACGACACCACCUCCGUGAGAAUAAAGAAUAAAAACAUUCACAUGCUUGCAGCAUGCCCCUACUUAAAAUCAACGGGCGGAUGGAUGGUACCCCUGUUUCCUCUUUUCCCCAUAUUGCCAGUUCCUAUAUAAGGCAUCGUGUACAAAGAAAAACCAAAAGCUACACAAGUCACACACACACACACAUCCCCUCUUUCACCCCCCAUGUCUUGUCUACCUUUCUGGUGUGUUCCAUGUAUCCCUGUGUCUACGGUUCAGUGAAUCUCUUCUGGUGACUGACAUCUAAACUUAUGAGACAUCAUUCUGCUUACGAAUACAGAUAAAAAACAAAGGUGUUUUUUUGUAUAAGGAAAGAAAACACAUCCUUGGACUUGUCAUCAAAGUGUAGUCCUAUAUCCUUAGUAUAUAUUUAAAGCUACAUAGCUACGGAUAUAGAGGUGAAAACACAAAUAAUUAUACCAGAAGUAGGAAAUUUAUAAGCUUAGAACAAGUAGGAAUUUAAAAAAAAAACAAGUGUUUUGUGGAUAAAAAUUGAAUAUGUGCAAACAAAAAUUGGAAAAAAAAAUAUACAG